AUGGAGUCAUUUUUUACGGAGGGGGCCCGGGUCUGGGUCAGAGAGAAGGAGCAACUGUUUCCUGCCACCGUAAACUCCUGUGGAGAUGGAACUCUUGUGGUUACAACUGAUUAUGGAGAGGUGCUGUACCUACAGCAGGCUGAGGUCACAAGGGAGCGGGUCUACGCUAUGCAUCAGUCCAGUAUUGAUGGGGUGGAGGACAUGUCUGCGUUGGCUGAGCUGCAUGAGGCUGCUAUUAUGCAUAACUUGUACCAACGCUAUCAGAAAGAUAACAUCUAUACCAAUAUCGGCAGCAUCUUGGCAGCUGUGAAUCCAUACAAAAAGAUCCCAGGUCUGUAUGACUUAGAGAGAGUGGACUUAUACUCCAAGCACCAUCUGGGGGAACUCCCCCCACACAUUUUUGCUGUGGCCAAUGAAUGCUACCGCUGCAUCUGGAAACGCCAUGACAGCCAAUGUAUCCUUAUCAGUGGUGAAUCCGGGGCAGGGAAGACGGAGAGCACUAAAUUACUGCUGCAGUUUCUGUCGGUGAUGAGCCAGAACUCCGCCGGGACGCCUCCAUCAGAGAAAAGCACGAGAGUGGAGCAGGCCAUCGUGCAGAGCAGUCCAAUCAUGGAAGCAUUUGGAAAUGCUAAAACCGUUUACAACAAUAACUCCAGUCGUUUUGGGAAGUUUAUACAGCUUCACUUUUCUGAGAGUGGCAACAUCCAAGGAGGUUGUGUCAUCGACUAUUUGCUGGAAAAGAACCGUGUGGUGCGACAAAACCCAGGAGAGCGAAACUACCACAUCUUCUACGCUCUGCUGGCAGGAGCUAGUAAAGAGCACAAAAGUCUUUACUGCCUGGAGGAUCCUGCAGAAUCUUUCCACUACCUCAGCCAAUCAGGAUGCCUGAAAGACAAAAGCCUGAAUGAUAAAGAGCUAUAUAACAGUGUUAUGGAGGCACUAAAGGUCUUAGAGUUUACAGAGGAGGAGAUCAGAGACAUGUUUAAACUGCUAUCAGGUGUUUUACAGCUCGGCAAUACCGAGUUCAUGACUGCUGGAGGAGCCCAGAUCACCACAAAGCAAAUGGUCACUAAUGCCAGUGAGCUGUUGGGCCUGGAUACCUUCCAACUCUCUGAAGUCCUGACUCAGCGCUCCAUAAUCCUCAGAGGGGAGGAAAUCUGUUCCCCUCUCACUAUUGAGCAGGCCAUUGAUUCCAGGGACUCUGUGGCCAUGGCGUUAUAUUCUCAGUGUUUCUCCUGGAUCAUUCUCAAGAUUAAUCAGAAGAUCAAAGGGAAGGAAAACUUCAAAUCCAUUGGCAUUCUUGAUAUUUUUGGUUUUGAAAACUUUGAGGUGAAUCGAUUUGAGCAGUUUAACAUCAACUAUGCCAAUGAGAAGCUUCAAGAAUACUUCAACAAGCACAUCUUCUCCCUGGAGCAGCUGGAGUACAACAGGGAAGGUGUUCAGUGGCAUGCAAUUGACUGGAUGGACAACGCAGAGUGUCUUGACCUCAUAGAGAAGAAACUUGGCUUAUUGGCACUUGUGAAUGAAGAGAGCCGAUUCCCCAAAGGAACAGAUUUCACUCUGCUGGAGAAGUUGCACAGCAGACACUCUACAAACCCUUAUUAUGUGAAACCCAGACUUGCCGAUCAUCAGUUUGGUAUCAAACAUUAUGCUGGAGAGGUUCUAUAUGACGUUAAAGGAAUCCUGGAGAAGAACAGAGAUACUUUCAGAGAUGACAUCCUAAACAUGCUCAAGGACAGCAGACUGGACUUCAUCUAUGACUUAUUUGAGAAGGUUGGCAGCAGGAACAGUGAGGAGAAGAUGGGAACUGCCAGACGUAAACCCACCGUGAGCUCCCAGUUCAGGGACUCCCUUCAUGCUCUCAUGGCCACUCUUAGUGCAUCCAAUCCGUUUUUUAUUCGCUGUAUUAAGCCCAACAUGGAAAAGAAUCCAAAUGUGUUUGACCCAGAGGUGGUCCUGAACCAGCUUAGAUAUUCUGGGAUGCUGGAGACGGUGAAGAUCCGUCGUGCUGGGUUUCCCGUUCGCAGGACAUUCAAAGAUUUCUUCUCACGGUAUAAGAUCGUUCUGAAAGACAAAGUACCGGCAGCAGGAGACGACAAGAAAAGAAGCACAGACCUUUUAACUAAGUAUGACAAGGUCAAGAAGGAGUGGCAGUUAGGCAAGACCAAGGUGUUCAUGAAAGAGUCUUUAGAACAUCAUUUAGAGAAGGACAGGGAUGAAGUUCGGCGCCAAGCUGCCAUGAUAAUCCGGGCACACCUCCUCACUUUCUCUGCAAAGAAGCAUUUCAAACAGGUACGCACCAGUGUCGUAACCCUCCAGAAGCACUUCCGGAAACACAUCCAACGUAGGCGGUUUGUAAAACAACGCAAGGCAGCACUGGUGCUUCAGAAACACCGACGGGGUCAGGUGGCACGGGCCCGCGUUCGAAAGCUCAGAGAUGAGAAGAAGAAGAGGGAGGAGGAGCAACGGAAGAAAGAAGAGGAAGAGAAGAAAGCAACGGGUGCGGAGGGUGAGGAAGGCGCAAAUGCUGAAGAAGACAAGGCAACAAAGUCCUCAGAGGAAGAAGCUCGUCAAAUGGAGGAGAUCCUGCAGCUGGAGAGAGAGAUCGAACGCUUGCAGAAGAAGCGAGAGGAUGAGGUGUCGCAGCUCUGCGAGUCCUCCAAGCAGGAGCUGCAGCUACGCCGGGACGCCGAGCUCAAACGGAUGAAAAAGGAGGCGUCCCGCAAGGCCACAGAGCUCAUCGACCUUCUGAACUUUGGAGGCGUGGACCCUUCGCUGGGAGCCGCCGUAGCCAAGCCUGCCGCCGAGGCGAAACCCCCAAAAGAGGCGGGCGCCAGGAGAGCUGGGUCCAAAGAAGAGGAUGUGGAUGAGGGCUUUCACGCCGAGGAGGAGUGCAUCCCUCUACCGGACUUCCCUCCUCCCGCCGAGUCAGAUGCUCCUGUGGACCAGGACAUCUUUGUCCAACUCCCUCCUCCCCCGCCUGCUUUUGCAGAGGGGACAGUCCCCCCCGCACCACCUCUGCCCCCACCCCUUCCCACGGACGACACGCUCGCUGGAGGAAUUCCCCCUCCCUCUCUUCCUCUACCUGGAGACGGCGCUUCUGUUCUGCCGACUCCUCCUCCAGCACCACCACCUCCCCCAGGAGAGGGGGGGAAGAACGACGGAGCCAAGGCAGAGCCGGAGAGGAAAGUGAGCAUGGUGGAUAGCCUGGUGGACGGAGAGGAGCCCAUCUACAGCAUGCCGGCUGACACGGAGUCAGACUACGACCAGGAAGAGGAAGAGGGAUCUGUGACAGCUGGAGAUGACAGUUCUGUGUCUGGAAGCAACCGCGGAAGCGCCGCUGUGACCGACGAGGAGCACCCAAGGAAGUCAACGUGCACAAACGCCAGCAUCGAGUCCUACAGAGGCAGCUCUGACUCUUAUGCUGACAGUGACGAUGAACACGAUGGUAUGAUGGACACCGAUGAAGAGGUGACAAAUGGCAGAGUGACUUUGCUUAAUGGAAAUGCACCACCAUAUUUCCACGGAUACCUUUACAUGAAGGCUGGUUUGAUGAUCCCGUGGAGGAGGCGCUGGUGCGUGUUGAAGGAUGAGACUUUUAUGUGGUUCCGGUCCAAGCAAGAGUCCCUGAAGUCUGGCUGGCUUUACAAGAAGGGAGGAGGCCUCUCCACUCUCUCACGGAGGUUGAAUUGGAAAAUGCGCUGGUUUGUACUAAGAGACAGCAAGUUGAUGUACUAUGACAAUGACAGUGAGGAAAAGCUGAAAGGAACCAUCGACAUUCGAGCAGCCAAGGAGAUUGUAGAUAAUCAUGAAAAGGAGAAUGCUCUGAACAUUGUGACUGAUGAGAGAACGUACCAGGUUUUUGCCGAGUCGCCAGAGGAUGCAAGUGGCUGGUUCAAUGUGCUCAGUAAGGUGAGAGUGUGCACCCCUGAGCAGCUGAUGGAGAUGUCCCACGAGCAAGCCAACCCCAAAAAUGCUGUGGGAACUCUCGAUGUAGGAUUGAUUGACUCCGUUUGUGCAUCAGACAAUCCUGAUAGGCCAAAUUCUUUUGUCAUCAUCACGGCCAAUCGUGUGAUUCACUGCAACAGUGACACACCAGAGGAGAUGCAUCACUGGAUCAGUCUGCUGCAGAAACCCAAGGGAGAUGCAAGGAUAGAUGGACAGGAGUUCCUUGUCAGAGGCUGGCUCCAAAAAGAGAUGAAGACGAACGCUAAGAGCACCUCCCUAAAGCUCAAGAAGCGCUGGUUUGUUUUAACCCACAACUCCUUGGAUUACUACAAAAGCUCAGAGCGAAACUCCUCCAAGAUGGGAACUCUGGUCCUUAACUCCCUCUGCUCUGUCAUUCAGCCGGAUGAACGAGUGCACAGGGAGACAGGGUACUGGAACAUCAUAGUGUAUGGGAGGAAGCAUUCCUACCGCCUUUACACUAAGAUGCUGAAUGAGGCCAUGCGGUGGACAGCUGCCAUACAGGGAGUUAUAGACAGCAAGACGCCGAUAGAAACACCAACUCUGCAGCUUAUCAGAGAUAUCAAAGAGAACAGUUUGAAUCCAGACAUAGUGGACCAGAUGUACAGGAGGAACCCCAUCCUUAGAUACACCCAGCAUCCUCUGCACUCCCCCCUGCUGCCCCUCCCUUACGGAGAGGUCACCAGCUUACAUAGGCAGCAGGGCUACGCCAGUCUGCAGGAUGAGGCGGUGCGAGUUUUCAACUCACUGCAGGAGAUGGAAACACUGGCAGACACGGUGCCCAUCAUUCAGGGCAUCUUGCAGACCUGCCAGGACCUGCGGCCUCUAAGAGAUGAGGUCUAUUGUCAGGUGAUCAAGCAGACCAAUCAUGUGCCUCAGCCAAACAGCCCAGCCAAUCGGGCACACUGGCACCUGCUCACCUGCAUGAGUUGCACCUUCCUACCCAGUCGAGCCAUCCUCAGAUACCUCCGCUUCCACCUCAAGAGGGUACGUGAGCGCUACCCCGGCACAGACAUUGAGCGCUAUGCCAGUUUCAUUGGAGAAUCCCUGAAGAAGACCAAGACUCGUGAGUUUGUUCCAUCUCAAGAGGAGAUUGCUGCCCUCCUGGUGAGACAGGAGAUGAGCACCACGGUGUACUGCCAUGGUGGAGGCUCCUGCAAGAUCUCCAUCAACUCACACACCACAGCUGGAGAGGUUGUUGAGAAGUUGAUCAGAGGUCUGGCCAUGGAGGACAGCAAGAACCUGUUUUCUCUGUUUGAACACAACACCUUUACUGACCGAGCUCUGGAGAGCAGAGUGAUUGUGGCAGAUGUUCUGGCCAAAUUUGAGAGACUGGCAGGCAGUGAAGAGGAGGAGGAGGAGGGAGAGUGGAAGCUUUACUUCAAACUAUACUGCUUCUUGGAUGUCGAGAGUAUGCCAAAAGAGGGAGUGGAGUUUGCCUUUAUGUUUGAACAGGCCCAUGAGUCAUUGAUAAGUGGUCAUUUUCCAGCCUCAGAGGAGACUUUGCAGCACCUGGCUGCUUUGCGUCUCCAGUACCUCCACAGUGAUGGGGCAGGCCGGGCCGGAUGGAGCCUAGGAAACGUUUAUCCGAUUGGACGUCUUCGCAAUCGCAUCCUGCACUCCACCAAACCGGGUGUGGCAAGUGGAGCUGGUGGAAGAGGAAGUGGAAUAUCAGGCGAUGGAAUUGGUACAAUAGGACAGGGCAUUAUUGGGAUGGGCACAGAGAAACGAAAAACUCCCAGCUUCCUCGAUGGCACACUCAGGAGAAGUUUCAAAACAGGCUCACUGAAAAAGCAGAAGGUGGAGGAGGAGCAGAUGCUAGAGAUGUGGGUAAAGGAGGAAACGUCCGCCACACGCACCAGCGUACUGGAGAAGUGGACGCGUCUGCAGGGGAUGCCGCAGCACCAGGCUAUGCUUAAAUAUAUGAGCAUUAUUAAGGAGUGGCCAGGGUAUGGAUCUACGCUAUUUGAUGUGGAGUGUAAAGAGGGUGGUUUUCCUCAUGAUCUUUGGCUGGGUGUGAGCGCUGACAAUGUGUCUGUGUAUAAACGCGGUGAACCCAAACCACUGGAGACCUUCCAGUACGAACACAUCACCUUCUUUGGAGCUUCACAACCCUGCACCUAUAAGAUCAUCGUGGAUGAAAGGGAGAUGUUCUUUGAGACUCCAUUGGUUGGAGAGAUCACCAAGAUCAUGAAGGCCUACAUAAACAUGGUGGUGAAGAAACGUUGCAGCAUCAUGUCUGUGACCAGCGUGGCCAGUUCUUGGGUCAGGACUACCUGGAAAAUGGAUUUACGGAUUUUGUUCCCUGCUCUCCUUCUCGUUCUCGGUCUGGCAACUGUUUUUGCCGACUCCACACCUGGGGAAGUGUGUGAGAAGACAAAUGCGACAAGCUGUGAGGAAUGUCUUAGAAAUGUGUCGUGCCUGUGGUGCAUCACUACCAAGAAUUGUGUGACAUAUCCAGUGAAGACCAUCCUCCCCCCCCACGCACUCUGUCCGCUCAAUGACGCCCGCUGGGGGCUCUGCUGGAUGAACUUCCAGACACUGAUAAUCACCUUGGCAGUGAUUGGAGGAGUUAUUAUCAUCGCCUUCCUGGUCUGCCUCUUCUGCUGCUGCAAGUGUGAGAAAUUUGGAUCCCAAAGGUUUGAGGCCAAAAUGGCGAAGCAGGCCACUAAAGUUAAAACCAAGCAGGAAGAGAGGAGGGCUGAGAUGAAACAAAGACAUCAAGAAAUCAGGCAGAAAUACGGUCUAAGUGGGCCAAACCCGUACUCCAAAUUCGCAUGAGAUCACUGAGCUGAGACUUUCCUCCAUGGACACAGCUGAUGCAUCGCAGCCUGCCUUUGGUUAUGAGACCACGUAGAAACUACGAAUGAAUGUAAACUGUAACUAUGGAAAUCUCCACAAAACUGACAGAGUUUUUGUACACACAGCCUCUAGCAUCGUUCAGCUGAUGAAUAUUUCCAUUUAAAAACUGCUGCUCUGUAAGAGGCUGGAACCAGAAACUGGAGUGUUGUUUAAAACUACAGUUCUCUGUCAUAUGGCUCCUACAAUGUCAAUAUACUUAUGCUAUUUAUUUGUCUUUAGUUUAUUUGAACAGAAUGUGUAGAUGUUUGUUUCAGACCUGAAAUAUUCUAUCUUUUUGCUUUAGAAGAAAUGGCUUUUGCUCCUAAAUUGCAGUUAUUAAUGAGUUAAACUUGAGAUAUAAUGCUUCUUUUGUACUUUGUGUGACUUUUCUUGUUUCAAACUUCUUAAGGCAGUUUUUAUUUAGUUCUUAUUAAAGGGUUUUCGCCCCAUUUUAAAUGGUGUUUUAACCCAUGGCUGCAAAAUUUAUUGAUACUUUUUUUUUUUAAUGAUGGCUUCAUCUUUGAUUGUUACAAAUUGUAUAUCUUUCCUGUGAAGACAACUAAUAAAAUACUUUAGACUGG